UUGCUUUUAUUUCUUGCCCCAGAUAUCCUCACUGCUUUUAAAACAUUUAGUAUUCAAAUUUAUUUCUGUGUUCUGCAUCUUUAGGUUUCCCAUUAUAUAUUUUUAUAACUUACCACUGGCAGCUGUAUUUAUUAAUUAUUUCAGUGAAUCAAAGCUUAUAAUUUUAGUGGGUAAACAUGCCUAGUGAAAUAACUACAGUGAGUGCUCCAGACACAAAUGUCCCACAUGCCGGGAGCACAGAAGUGGACUCCUGCAGGCGUUUCAAAAUUCGACAUAACAUGGGAGCUAUAAAAUCAGCACAAGCUGUGGUUUUAGCAGCUGGCUCAGGUUCCAGGAUGACAACACUUGUGAACAAUACUCCCAAAUGUUUCUUACCUAUUGCAUCCAUCCCAAUGCUGUACUAUCCACUAUACAUGCUUCAGUCCUCUGGUUUUGAAGAAUGCAUAGUUGUGGUGGACUCAAGUCAAGUGUCAGCAGUUUCUGACAUGGCACAGGAACUCGGUCUCACAAUCAAGCUCAGACUCUUCUCUGAUUCUGAAGAGGACAGAGGAACUUUAGACUCAUUGCGCCACAUUGCUGAUGCUUUCGAGGAGGACGUGGAGGACAUGCUCAUCGUGAGCAGUGACCUGGUGUCAGACAUUAACAUGGAGGACAUGCUGCUGACUCACCGUUACCAGGGAGCUGCCCUCACCGUCCUCACCACUCGCCUCAAUAAAGAGGCCUUCACUGACGUUCCUGGCCUCAAGUCAAGGAGUAACAUAGGACCUGAUCUGGUGCUGGAGAGCGUCACGGAGAAGCGUCUGGUGGGGAGCGUGUGUGGGGGGGACUACGAUGAACACGUCACGCUGCCCCACCACGUCACCCGACUGGGGGCCGUCACCGUUGCCAUGGACAUCGUCGACGCCCAUGCUUACGUCAUCAGCGGCAAGCUCUUCAGGGAAUAUAUCCUCAGUGACAAGUUCCACAAAAAUCACAAUGUUGAUCUAUACUUCGUACAAGAUCUCUAUAUGGCAGAUUUCAAGUACGAGCGUGCAGUGUCGUCCAUUCUGGAGCCGUUCGCCUCCCUAGCGCUGUCCCGUAACCGCAGCGCCAUUCAGGGCCGCCACUCGCAGUGCUGGCCCCACAGUGCCGGCGGCCGCGCCUGCUACGCCUACAUGUACACAGAGGGCGUCUGUGUGAGGGCGAACACCAUCCCUGCUUACUGGUACCUCAACACCAAGAUUCCGGCCGUGCUGUCCGUGUUGUGCCCAGAGUGCCCCGUGCGGGUGGGCGACUACAGCACCAGCGAGCUUCAGCCCAAGGCCGUCGUGAAGGGCAACACGCUGCUAGGCAGGGGCUGCAGGCUCAGCGACCGCACCACCGUCGCCGACUCGUGCCUCGGCCGCAACUGCAGCGUCGCGCCAGGCUGCCGCGUCACCAACUCCGUCCUGCUCGACGACGUCGCCCUCGAACCAGGGACCAUCUUGGACGGCAGCAUCGUUAGCUGCACAAUUGAUAAGGAAAAGUGCACCAUCAAGAAGAGCAUCGUGGCUUCAGCACGCACUCUGCACGCGGAGAGCGUGGUCACGGGCAACACUCUGGAGGCGACUCAGUUUUUCAGCGCGUGAUGAGCGACACUCGCUGUUGGUGGCCGCUCUUAUUCACCGUACUCACGGUUGUCUACGUCAUUCGUAUCUUCUGCUGCUUUAUUUCUUUCAUUGCUUCCAUUCAUAUCUUCUGCUGCUUAAUUGUCUUGCCCUUUAGUGUAGGCAGUCAUAAAUUAUUCAGAUAACUCAUCAAUAAUAUAAUACAUAUACGACAACG